GAGUGAAGGAAACUGGCUCUGGUGAAAGCCGCAAAGUUUUGCUGCCUGGAUCAGGAGUUGGGCUCCGCUCUUCGGGAUAUGCUGGCUGUAGGGGCAGCCGGGAAUCAGAUCUGUGGGAUAUUGUGAAGGGAUCUCUCUGCAGCAGCUGACAAUGCAAGGAAGGGCUAAUAAAACUCCCAAGAAGGAGCUUGUGAUUGAGUCCCCUCAGCAGUACAGGAGCCUGGCCCUGUCUGAGGCUGAGGUGGACUCAGCACCUCAGGUGGCGGUAAAGCCGAAGGUGAUUGAGCCGCUGGACUAUGAGAACGUGCUGGUUCAGAGGAAGACACAAAUCCUCAGCGAUGUGCUGCGGGACAUGCUGCAGUUUCCCCUGGAGGACUUCCAGAUAUCUACGCUUCGACGCCAAGGAAGGACGCUCUACCCUUCCGUGCCUGAGAACGCAGAGAAGGAGGCACAUAGUCUCUUCGUCCAAGAAUGCAUCAAGACUUACAACUCCGACUGGCACGUUGUUAAUUACAAGUAUGAGGAUUACUCGGGAGACUUCCGACAGCUUCCAAAUAAGGUUUCCCGGCCGGACAAGCUGGCGGCCCAUGUGUUUGAGGUGGAUGAAGAUGUUGACAAAGACGAGGACACAGCGUCUUUGGGCUCACAGAAGGGAGGGGUCACCAAACAGGGCUGGCUCUACAAAGGCAACAUGAACAGUGCCAUCAGUGUGACCAUGAGGUCCUUCAAGAGGAGAUAUUUCCACCUCACCCAGCUGGGAGAUGGCUCCUACAACCUGAAUUUCUACAAGGAUGAGAAGAUCUCCAAAGAGCCCAAAGGAACAAUAUUCCUUGACUCCUGUAUGGGGGUUGUUCAGAACAACAAGGUGCGUCGUUUUGCCUUUGAGCUGAAGAUGCAGGAUAAGAGCACGUACCUGCUGGCUGCGGACAGCGAGGUGGAGAUGGAGGAGUGGAUCAGCACCCUCAACAAGAUCCUCCACAGCAGCUUCGAGAUGGCCAUGCAGGAGAAGAGGAACGGGGACCUGCACGAUGAUGAUGAGCUGGGAAAAGGAGACUGUUCCUCUGGGAGUUUAGACAGUUUUCAGAGCGCAAGGGACAUCGAAUCCAGAAUGAGGAGUGAGACCAGGCUGAAGCUGUUCACGCUGGACCCAGACACACAGAAACUGGACUUCUCAGGAAUGGAGCUGGACAUUAAGCCAUUUGAAGAGAAGUUUGGCAAGCGCAUUUUGGUGAACUGCAAUGACUUGUCCUUCAACCUCCAAAGCUGUGUGGCCGAAAAUGAGGAGGGACCAACUACCAAUGUGGAGCCAUUUUAUGUCACCUUGUCACUUUUUGACAUCCAAAACGGCAGGAAGAUCUCGUCUGACUUCCACGUGGAUCUUAACCACGCCUCUGUCCGGCAGAUGGUGUCCAGUCCCAACAGCCAGCACAUGAACGGGGGCGGAGACACCCUGUCUGGGGGGCAGAGGCUGGUCAACGGGCUGCCAGAGUGCAUGCUGCAGUAUCCCAGACAGGGGGUGUUCUCAGUGACCUGUCCCCACCCGGACAUAUUCCUCGUGGCCCGCAUUGAGAAGGUCUUGCAGGGGGGAAUCACGCACUGUGCCGAACCUUACAUGAAGAACUCAGACGCCACCAAGGCUGCACAGAAGGUGUUGAAAAAUGCCAAACUGGCCUGCAGCCGAUUGGGCCAGUACAGGAUGCCUUUUGCCUGGGCAGCCAGGCCUGUGUUCAAAGACGCAUCGGGGAACCUGGACAAGGCCGCCCGCUUCUCGGCAAUCUACAGGCAGGACAGCAGCAAGCUGUCAAAUGAAGACAUGUUCAAACUCCUGGCGGAUUUCAGAAAGCCAGAAAAGAUGGCCAAGCUUCCUGUCAUCUUAGGAAACCUGGAUGUGACCAUCGACAGCGUUGCUCCAGACUUGACAAACUGCGUCACCUCCUCCUACAUUCCCGUGAGGCAGUUCGAGAACAAUGGGAAGACCAGCGUAUUGUUUGAGUUGGAGGAGUUUGUUCCCUGCAUAGCUAAGUGCUCCCAGCCUUUUACCACCUACAACAACCACCUCUACGUAUACCCCAAGCACCUCAAGUACGACAGCCAAAAGUCUUUUGCCAAGGCGAGGAACAUAGCUGUCUGCAUCGAGUUCAAGGACACCGAUGAGGAGGAGGCUCAGCCGCUCAGGUGUAUCUAUGGUAGACCGGGGGGACCUUUGUUUGUCAAGAGCGCAUUUGCUGCAGUGCUACAUCACCAUCAGAACCCAGAGUUCUAUGAUGAGUUCAAGAUUGAGCUUCCCACCCAGAUCAGCGAGAAACAUCACCUGCUAUUCACCUUCUUCCACAUCAGCUGCGAUAGCAACAGCAAGGCCAGUACCAAGAAGAGGGACCUGGUGGAGACACAAGUGGGCUAUGCCUGGCUCCCCUUGCUGAAGGAUGGCAGGGUCAUCUUGAACGAGCAGCACAUCCCUGUGGCUGCCAACCUGCCUGCAGGCUACCUCAGCUCUCAGGAAGGUGUCGUCAAGCACUCUGGGCCUGAAAUCAAAUGGGUCGAUGGCGGCAAGCCUUUGUUCAAGGUGUCCACACACCUUGUCUCCACUAUCUACACUCAGGAUCAACAUUUGCACAAUUUCUUCCACCACUGUCAGAGCCUGCAGUGCGCGGGCCUGCCAUCAGGAGGGGAGCUGGUCAAGUACCUGAAGAGCCUCCACGCCAUGGAGAGUCAUGUGAUGAUCAACUUCCUGCCUACUGUCCUCAACCAGCUAUUCCGCGUGCUCACCGGUGCCACCCACGAGGACGUGGCAGUCAACGUCACCAGAGUCAUGAUUCACAUAGUCUCCCAGUGCCAUGAGGAGGGGUUAGAGCACUGCCUGCGGUCUUACAUGAAGUAUGUGUUUAAAACGGAGCCGUACACAGCCACCAGCUUGAAGACGGUGCACGAGGAGCUGGCCAAAGCAAUGACUGCCAUCCUCAAGCCUUCCACAGACUUCCUCACCAGCAACAAGCUGCUCAAGUACUCCUGGUAUUUCUUUGAAGCCCUUGUGAAGUCCAUGGCCCAGUACUUGAUUGAAAGCGGCAAGGUCAAGCUGUCCAGGAACCAGCGCUUCUCCGCCUCCUUCCAUCACACGGUGGAGACCCUGGUGAACAUGCUGAUGCCCCACAUCACACAGAAGUACAAGGACAACCUGGAUGCUGCCAGGAACGCCAACCACAGCCUGGCUGUCUUCAUCAAGCGCUGUUUCACCUUCAUGGACAGAGGCUUUGUCUUCAAGCAGAUUAACAAUUACAUCAACUGCUUUGUGCCUGGGGACUCCAAGACUCUGUACGAGUUUAAAUUCGAGUUCCUGCGCGUGGUGUGUAACCACGAGCACUACAUUCCUCUCAACCUGCCGAUGCCUUUUGGAAAGGGAAGAAUACAGAGGUUUCAAGACCUGCAGCUGGACUACUCGCUGACAGAUGACUUCUGUAAAAACCACUUCCUGGUGGGACUGCUGCUCAGGGAGGUGGGCAGCGCCCUGCAGGAGUUCAGAGAGAUCCGGCAGAUCGCCAUUCAGGUCCUUAAGAACCUGAUGGUGAAGCACACCUUCGACGACAGAUAUACCUCCAAGAGCCAACAGGCCAGGCUUGCCACCCUCUACCUGCCUCUCUUUGGUUUGCUGCAAGAGAACGUGCAAAGGCUCAAUGUGAAAGAAGUCUCACCUUUCACCAUCAACCAUUCAAACAAUAAUGGGAGAGAUGACCCUUUCUUGGGUAACUCCAUGGUGACACCACAGAAGCCAGGAAAUAGCAUGGACAACAGCCUGCACAAGGAUGUGUUUGGAGUCAUCUCUGGCACAGCAUCGCCUCACGCCUCCUCAACCCCCAACAUCAACGCCGUGCGCCACGCUGACUCGCGGGGCUCCCUCAUCAGCACCGACUCCGGAAACAGCCUUCCCGAGAAGAGCAGUGACAAGACCAACUCCCUGGACAAGAACCAGCCCGCCUCAGCUCUGGGAAGCACGAUCCUGCGCUGUGACAAACUGGACCAGGCCGAGAUCAAGAGCCUGCUCAUGUGCUUCCUGCACGUGCUCAAGAGCAUGUCCGAGGAUGCUCUGUUCACUUACUGGAACAAGGCCAGCUCAGCUGAACUGAUGGACUUCUUCAUACUCAUAGAGGUGUGUCUCCAUCAGUUCAGAUACAUGGGGAAGCGAUACUUUGCCAGGAACCAGGAAGGGGCGGGACCCGUAGCACAUGAGCGGAAGUCUCAGACUCUGCCUGUGUCCCGUAACAGGGCGGGAAUGAUGCAUGCCCGCUUACAGCAGCUCAGCAGCCUGGAUAACUCUUACACUUUUAACCACACCUACACCCACUCUGAGGCUGACGUGCUGAACCAGUCUCUCCUGGAGGGCAACAUCGCCACCGAGGUGUGCCUGACUGUGCUGGACACCCUCAGCAUUUUCAUCACGGGAUUCAGGAAUCAGCUGUGCGCUGACCAUGGCCAUAACCCCCUGAUGAAGAAGGUGUUUGAGGUCCACCUCUGCUUCCUUCAGAUCAACCAGUCUGAGACUGCCCUCAAGCAGGUCUUUACCUCUCUGCGUACCUUCAUUUACAAGUUCCCCUGCACCUUCUUCGAGGGUCGCGCCGACAUGUGCGCCUCCUUCUGCUACGAGAUCCUGAAGUGCUGCAACUCCAAGCUGAGCUCCAUCCGCAACGACGCCGCCCACCUGCUCUACUUCCUCAUGAAGAGCAACUUCGACUACACCGGGCGCAAGUCCUUUGUCCGCACACACCUGCAGGUGGUGAUUGCAGUCAGUCAGCUAAUCGCAGAUGUCAUUGGAAUCGGAGGAACACGCUUCCAGCAGUCUCUGUCCAUCAUCAACAACUGUGCCAACAGCGACAAGACCAUCAAGAAUACAGCCUUCCCAUCAGACGUGAAGGACCUGACCAAGAGGAUCCGCACGGUGCUGAUGGCCACGGCGCAGAUGAAGGAGCACGAGAGGGACCCGGAGAUGCUGGUGGACCUGCAGUACAGCCUGGCCAAGUCCUACGCCAGCACCCCGGAGCUGCGCAAGACCUGGCUGGACAGCAUGGCCCGCAUCCACGUCAAGAACGGGGACUUGUCUGAGGCAGCGAUGUGCUACGUGCAUGUGGCAGCACUGGUAGCAGAAUACCUGAGAAGAAAAGGCAUGUUCAAGCAGGGCUGCUCAGCGUUUCGAGUGGUCACGCCCAACAUUGACGAGGAGGUGUCCAUGAUGGAGGAUGUAGGCAUGCAGGACGUCCACUUUAAUGAGGAUGUACUCAUGGAGCUGCUAGAGGAGUGUGCGGACGGACUGUGGAAGGCUGAGCGCUACGAGCUCAUCUCUGACAUCUACAAACUCAUUAUCCCCAUCUACGAAAAGCGCAGAGACUUUGAGAAACUGGCACACCUGUACGACACACUGCAUCGUGCCUACAGCAAGGUGACAGAGGUCAUGCACACUGGAAAGAGGCUGCUGGGUACCUACUUCAGAGUGGCGUUCUUUGGCCAGGGCUUCUUUGAGGAUGAGGACGGGAAAGAAUAUAUCUACAAAGAGCCCAAAUUCACCCCCCUUUCCGAGAUUUCCCAGCGGCUGCUCAAGCUCUACUCUGAUAAGUUUGGCCCGGAGAACGUGAAGAUGAUCCAGGACUCUGGGAAGAUAAACCCAAAAGAUCUGGACUCCAAAUAUGCCUACAUCCAAGUGACCCACGUGACCCCGUUCCUGGAGGAAAGAGAGCUGGUGGACAGGAAGACGGACUUCGAGAGGAGCCAUAACAUCCGUCGCUUUGUGUUCGAGAUGCCGUUUACCGUGUCGGGCAAGAAGCAGGGCGGGGUGGAGGAGCAGUGCAAACGCAGGACCAUCCUGACCACGACACACUGUUUCCCUUAUGUGAAGAAGCGCAUCGCUGUGAUGUACCAGCACCACACAGACCUGAACCCCAUUGAGGUGGCCAUCGACGAGAUGAGCAAGAAGGUGGCAGAGCUGCGGCAGCUCUGCUCUGCCAGCGAGGUGGACAUGAUCCGCCUGCAACUCAAACUGCAGGGCAGCAUCAGCGUCCAGGUAAAUGCUGGUCCGCUUGCUUAUGCAAGGGCUUUCCUGGAUGAUGCCAAUGCCAAGAAAUACCCUGACAACAAGGUGAAGCAGCUGAAAGAGGUCUUCAGGCAAUUUGUGGAUGCCUGUGGCCAAGGCUUGAACAUCAAUGAGCGACUGAUUAAAGAGGACCAGCAGGAGUACCAUGAUGAGAUGAAGGCGAAUUACAGGGACCUGGCCAGAGAGCUGUCUGCCAUUAUGCAUGAGCCGAUAAUCCCGGUAGAGGAUGGCAUGAAGAACGCAUUGCCAGACUCUCUGCACAUCUUCAACGCCAUCAGUGGCACGCCCACCAGCACCACCAUCCAGGGAAUCCCCAGCUCCUCCUCUGUAGUGUGAGGCAAACACACACACACACACACACACACACAGAUCUGCAUCACUACUGACGUGAGGUCACUUACCUGCUAGUGGUGGAGAAAACGCUUGACUCAGUAAUAACGUGAUUGGCAGGGCCACAAUGCAGAUGUUUUUUUCCCCAUCCAAUAACAGCACACAUAGAGCUCCCUCUUUGGUGGAUGUGCACGUAUUUGCCCAGGAAGAGAUGGGGGUAAAGGGAUUGCACAAGCAAAAGCAAACUGAUUCAGAGGUGUUCAAUGUCAAAAUAUGACCCAUACCUUCUCCAGCAAUUUAGAGGCGUUUAAUGGUGAAAUAUGAUCCAUACCUUCUCCGUCCUGGACUGUAUCUGGGUGUCGAAUGUAAUGUUUCCUGUGGAGACGUCCCAAUGGGGAUUCUUAAGCAAAAAAAGAACCCCUUGUGCAUUUAAUUAUUUCCCUGGAUCUAUCUGAUAGAUACUUUUUCUUUGUUUGUGUGUCUGUUUUUAUUUACAGGUUCUUAACUCUUGUCAAUAAUUUUGUAUGUACAGUAUUCGGGUGUGUGAUAAAUGUCUGCUCUGGAGUCCACUCUGUGAGCUUUCAGUGAGUAAUAUUUGUUGCACAGUAUAUAUUGGCAUAUUCAUCUCUCUGCGUGAAGACUGUUAAAUUCCUACACAAAUGCGUCUUAUUUUAAAGAGAUUAUCCUACGACCACUUUAGCCUUCUGCUCUGUAUAUUUCAAUGUCUUAGACUGAGGACAUUUUAGAGAAAACAUUUACGGUCAUUGCACAGCUGUAUCCUGUGUUCAUCCUUGUACAUAAAAAAGGAGUGCAAUAUUUUGUCUUUUUGGGAGGUGUCUUGCUGUGUUCGGUUCAUACACUGUAAAGAUGAUAUUCAUCCUUCUUGCCAAAGCAAUGGGGUGUAGAACCAGUAACAGUGUGUACUGUGGAAGAGGUGGUUGUAAUAUGAAGCUUUUACCAUUUUUGAUGUUUGUUUCAUUUUUAUUGAAAUCAUUUUAUAUUUGGGAAGUAAAGGGGUUUUUAAUUUUUAUUUAAUAUAAAGUCACUGUCUGUAUUUAAAUUGAA